GUAAGCAGGAAGUAAACAAACGCGCAUGGUCUCAAAAGAUUCUGCUGGUUCGCAGCAGGAAACCCUGAGAUCGGAUUAUAAAAGAAAAGAUGGAUGUGCUCAAAGAAAAGAUGGAUGUGUUGAACGAUUUCCAGCGAUUUUUUUUCUCUAUGAGUCGUUUUGCUUCGUUUCCCUGGACCUUUCUAGAAAAAGACCUGCAAAGCAACAAAUCAUCACAAUUCAUUUUAGAUAUCUUGAAACAGACAUGUCUUCACUCUCUGUGCACAAAGUUUCCACCAUCAGUCAAAUACAGGAGGCUGUUCAUCUCCGAGCUCAUCAGACAGCAAGAGGCGGCAGGCUGCGACCCUCUGGACGAGCUGUACGACGCUCUGGCCAAGGUGCUGGGAGCUGAAGACACGCCUGACUGCUACAAGAGCUACUUACUGCCCUGUGGUGACUCAGUCAGCCUGUUGGAGAACGUAGCUCUGAUCUCAGAGGGAACCACCGGCCUGGUAACCUGGGAGAGCGGCCUCUACCUGGCAGAGUGGGCUCUGGAUCACCAGCAGGCCUUCACCGGCAGGACGGUUCUGGAGCUGGGCAGUGGUUUGGGGUUGACCGGUAUCACCAUCUGUCGCUCCUGCAGCCCGAACAGAUUUAUCUUCAGCGACUUUCACCCAAGCGUCCUGCAGAAACUGAGAACCAACGUCCGGCUGAAUGGGCUGGGUGAGCAGACGACUCCCACGGUCAGCGUUGAACUGCUGGACUGGACAACAGCGACUGAGGAGCAGUUACAAGAGAUCGGAGCUGACACCGUCAUCGCUGCAGAUGUGACGUACGAUCCUGAUAUCUUGGGAGGCCUAGUGACUAUUCUGACCAAGAUCCUGAGAUGUUCCUCUCCCGAGAUCCUUAUCUGCUCCAGCAUAAGAAACCCGGAGACGUACAGCGGCUUCAAGCAGCAGCUCGAAAACGCAGGAAUCCGCCAUCAUGUGGUCACAGGACAUGUCAGCCACGUGUUUCCUUACAGCAGAUUCUCAUCAAUAGAAAUGAUUAAACUGUACAGAUGACACAAAUGCAGCACCAUAAAGAUUUGAACUACAAAGGUACAUCCUCAAAGUUUCAAACAAUUGAAUCAAGGCCAGUUACACUCCUACUCUGUGUCCCGUGAUCCGCAUGUGCAGUCUGCAAUAUGGGGGAGCUUGUUUAAUGAUGGUGGUCUCACCAGGGAAUUUAUUCUGCUCCUUGAAGGCUAUUCUGGAUUCAUUUUGUUGGACCCCUCAACUAGAGCCUUGAACUUGAUUCUUUUGUGCAGUGCAUCUGUUGUUAUUUGUUGUGUUUAACAAAAAAUCAUAUUUCACCUAUUGAUGAUUAGAUAUUGCAAAUAAAUUAAUAAGGCAUUUAUAGAAUUGAUCAAAUUAAAAACUUUUCAUCCCGCAAAAUUUUUUUUUACUAAACAUUAAAUACCUCCGAUUUUGGGGGGGGGGGAGCUGUGUAAAGACCCGGCAACUGUAAAACAUUUGCAUAUUUUAUAGAUAGAGAGGAUAGAGUCACAAUUUAGAAACGAUACCAGAAAGAAAACCCAGGACAAACACUUAAUAGAAAUGACAACUUUAGAGAAAAACCAACCUGAAGUUACUAACUACACUGAAUACGGUUGCAAUACAAUUUAAUUUACAUAUAAAUUGUGUAUUUAAUGUAUUUUCCACCAGUAAAUUCACAAAAUCAAAUUUAAAUUUAAAUCUAAUUGAAAUUCGGGAAAAUUCUUAAUUCCACAAUGCCAUUACAAAUGUUAAAUUUCGAGAAACUUAAAAACUCUGUGCAGCACAGAUCAAAAAUUUACCCAUUUUUACAGACUCUAUUGAGGUUGACCACGCAGAUCUUCAGGAGUAACUUGAUAAGACAGCUGUUCUACUUGUUUGAUACUCGAGUUGCAAUGUGUAAUAUUUAACCUGUAUGAAAAAAAAAAACUCAUUGGUAUUGUGCUUUCAAUCAUUUUCUUAGAUUACCUGAAAGUUUUAAUUACACACUGUACUGCACUGUGCCAGUACUGUCAUAUAAUUUUUUUCAUAUUGAUUUUAAUUGAGGUUGAAGGUGGGUUUAUGUUAACGCUCCCCUUGUGUCAAUAGAUGGACUGUUGAGGUUUAUUAUUGAAUCUUUUUUCAUAUUUACUUUCAGUCUAUUAAAAUGUGUUGUUUCACCUCCCCUCUAAGUAUUGAUAUUGGCCAUUAAAAAAAACAUGAGGCUCAAUGACCACUGAACUAAAGUAGAGUUCAUGUGACUAAUAUACUAUGAUUAUUCAAUUGUUGGUGUUACUGAUUCAAAAUCUAAAUUGUAUUCCUAAACGUUAUAAUACUAAUUAAUAAAUGAAUAUCACCAUUCA